AUGAAUGAUAAUUCUUCAGAAAAAGGUUGUUCUGAAUCAUUUAUAAGCUCUUUACCAAGAUUGAAAUUAAGUGAUUUGAAAGAUCCAAUUAACGAUAGCUGUUCAAUCUGUUGUUGUACAUAUGCAGAUGACAAGUAUCCAUUAAUUUCCAAAUUGCCACACUGUGGUCAUAAUUUUGAUUACGAAUGCUUAUCAAUUUGGCUUUCAAAAAAUAAAACAUGUCCAAUGUGUCGUGAUGACAUUACAUCUCAUAAGGAAGUUAUUGAUACUUCAAAUGUUGAAUUGGAGGAGGAUUGGGGGAUGUAUGGCUAA